UGCUGAAACGAUAUCGAUGUCGAUGUCUACUUCAUUCUUAUCGCUGCCCUUCUCGGAUUCUUCAGUAAUUAGGCCGAUCCCAUUUUGUUCUACAUUCUUUGCUUGCAGCCGUAGCUUUCCGGUAAGUGGACAAUACAUAGAGUAAAGCUGUGACUUUUUGCUAAUUACUGUGUUUGUGAAGUUGAGUGACAAUCAAAUUAGACAGGUGGGUUUCUUAAAUAAGAUCUGAGACUCCUAAAUGAGUUGGGAGUUCAAUUUUGCUUCUUCUUCUUCUGCAAAGAAAAUUCAAUAAAAAGAAGAAAAAAAACUCAAAAAGGGUAUAAAUUAUGUACGGCUACUGUGAAAGAUAUUUGCUAUCCACCAAGUGAAGAAAGAAGAAUAAAUAAAACGAAGGAAGAAGACUAUUGUUAGGAGUAGGCCCAGACAGGCGUCAUGUGAAGCAACUCCUCCGCUAACCGCCACAUACCACCAUGUCAUGGGUGGUGCGUCACUUCUAUUAUCUCAUACUUCAUAUAAAUUACGUUUCAGGCCCAGUGUGACGCUGGCAAUUAUUCUCUCCACCCACUCCCCACAUCUAAUUUUCCAAAAUGCCCACCAUUGACUGAUCCCAUUACUAACAGUAUGAAAUUAAUGUGUACAUCCUCUGCAAUAUCCCCCUUGAUGGACAUUUCUGUAAAUUCAUUUCUCAUUUGUUUAUUGUGAUUCGACCUCACUGUGAUGGCUCUAUAUAGAGCAAGUAACACGAUUUUGCAGUUGGUGAGUCGCUUGCCAUUGCUGAGCUUGUACUCUACUACAUUUGGCAUGGAGAGUGAUACAAGGAAGAGGAAGAUCGACAAUGUUGAAGAACAAACAAAAAGAAAAGAAGAGCGAGAGUUGGAAGAAGAUGAUGAAGAGAAGAUGGAGAAGUUCUUUUCUCUGAUAAAAAGCUCAAUAGAUCUUAUGAGAAAGGGCUCCAGUGACUCCAAAGAGAAACAGGAGAAGAAAACUGAAGCAGCUGCUGCUUGGAAUCCAUCAUUUCAACCAGAAGAUUUUGAACAAGACAUUGUCAAGGACAAUCAGGCAGCUGCUGGUCCUUCCAAGGUGGGAGAAGAUGAAGAAGAAAAGCAGAAGAAAGAAGGUGAAAAAGGAGACAAUGGAUUAGAUUUAAAUCUUUCUUUGUAAUUAUGUCCACUUCUUUUGCAAUUUGCAUGUUGAAAAUAAAUGCCAAAAUUUUAAAG